AUGCAAACAUAGCCACUUUGUGUAUAUAAGUUCACGAAGUUCUCGCUGGACAUCAUUUUACUGUUCUCAUUUAUUCUGUCUACUCCACUAUUCAAAGCAAUAUAAAAAUGUUUAAAUGGAUUAUUUAUUUGACUCUUCUGUAUAUGACGGAUUCCGUGGUUUGUAAACCUGACUACAUUUAUAAUGAUGCGGUGAAUGGUUGGUUGAAAUUCCAUGCAGUUCCAGCAACAUGGCAAAACGCAUUCCUGCAGUGUCACUAUGAAGGUGCAGUUCUCGCUUCUCCAAUCAAUCCAGAUCUUGAAUCUGCUCUAACGCAGAUGAUGAAAAAGGAAGAUGUCUUUGGACCAAACGGUAUUUUCAUUGGAACAAAUGCAUUGUCUUCUGAAGGGGACUACAUUUCUAUCGAAGGAGUGCCGUUGGCUGAUAUGCCUGUGAAAUGGAGACAACAUAAUAACGAGCAACCUAACAAAUGCUUGUAUUUUUAUGAUAAAAUGGUCGAACCCAUAGAAUGCUCAACCUAUGCACCAUACAUUUGCUACAAGAAGAGAGACAACUCUACGAUAUUUAAUGAAUGCGGGACAUUUGACAACGAGUAUCACUUCAGUCAGGAAACUGGCAGCUGUUACAAGUUUCACAGUGAGUUCAAGACAUGGAGCGAGGCGCACAGAAUAUGCCUGGCCGAAGGUGGCCACCUGGUCAUCAUUAACGACCAGGCUGAAGCCACCACCAUCAAGAAUAUGUUUCCACUAGGAGGGAAAAGAGUGUGUAUUGGGUUACGACAAUGGUCAAAAGAUUUAUUGCUCACUAUUCACGGGGAAAAAUUAGAAAAUGUGUAUCACGAGGGGAUUUCUGGUUACGACGACCGUUAUGAUAGGUCGAUGAAUGGAUACUUUUUGUCAGACGGCACCUUAAAUAAGAUCAAUUUUAAUCAGGAAUCCCAAUACAUUUGCGAGAAGGAUCCUUACACUUAUCGCUUUCAAAAAGAAUCAUCAUACAAUGAAGAAGAAUUGACUGUUAUCAUUUUUACUGAAUUGGUCAAAGCAACAUUAAACAUGUUCAAAUGGGUUAUUUAUUUAACCCUUCUGUAUAUAACGGAUUUCGUGGUUUGUAAACCUGACUACAAAUAUAAUGAAGAUGUGAACGGUUGGUUUAAAUUCCAUACAGUUCCAACGACAUGGCAAGAUGCCUUCCUGCAGUGUCACUAUGAAGGAGCAGUUCUUGCUUCACCGCUCAAUGCAGACUUUGUAUCUGUUAUAUCAGAUAUAAUGGGCGAUGAAUAUGCAUUAGGUAUUUUCAUUGGAUCGAAUGCAUUGUUUUCUGGAGGGGACUACAUUUCUGUCGAAGGAGUGCCGUUGUCCGACAUGCCGGUAACAUGGGAAAGACGUUUUGAUAAGCAGAAACCUGGCAAUUGCUUAUCUUAUUAUUAUGAAAAAGUUAGUCCUGUAAGUUGUACAACAUAUCUGCCGUACAUUUGCUUCAGGAACAAAGACAGAUUUGCAAGACUAAAUGGAUGCGGCACUUUUGACCCUAAGUACCGCCUCAGUAUGGCAACAGGGAAUGAGAGAUGUUACAAGUUCCACAGUGAGUUCAGGACAUGGAGCGAGGCGCACAGAAUAUGCCUGGCCGAAGGUGGCCACCUGGCCAUCAUUAACGACCAGGCUGAAGCCAACACCAUCAGGAAUAUGCUUCCAAGAGAGUGGAGUGGGGCCUUUAUUGGGUUACGAAAGUGGAAUCAGGAUACAUGGCUAACUAUUCACGGGCAAACAUUGGAGAAGUUAUACCACAACUGGAAUGCUGAAUAUAACAGCAAAACACAGACAUCGUAUGGUAUUUUCUUAUCAGAUGGAACUAUAGGCGAAUACGAAGACACUUUGGAUGGCUUACCAUUCAUUUGCGAAAAGGAUCCUUAUACUUCCCGCUUUCAAAUGGUACCUGAAUAAUAUUUGGAGAAGAAGACAAUUAAGUAAUUAAAAAAUAACAAAACUAAGCUACGUUAUAAACA